UAUUUUAUUUUUUUUUUAGAGUUAUUUAUUUAUAUUUUUUCUUAUUAUUCCUCUGCUGUUUUCCGCUUGACUGACGCCUGCCAUGCCGGGGAAAGUGGCGCUCCUGUUCCUCUACUGUUGGGGGCUCGCCUCCAGCCAGCCCCCUGCGCCCGCGCCGCAGCCCCAGUCGGAAACUUUGGAUUUCGGGUUCGUCCCCUUCGGAGUUUACGAGACGAUAGCCCAUUACGAACCCGGACCUAUAGGGAUCCUGUUUCACAUGGUGCACGCUUUUCUGUACGUGGUUCAGCCCAACCCGUUUCCCACAGAUCUCGUCACCAAAGUGGCCCAGAGCAAAUUCACCUCGGUCCAGGCCGAGUAUCAGAAGCCGGAGAACGUUGUUCUGACGCUGCAGACCAUAUACUAUGAGAUGGGCUUCAUCGUGUGCGCGGCGAUCGGCCUGCUCUUCGUCUUCCUCGUGCCGCUGGUGGGGCUGUGCUUCUGCAUGUGCCGCUGCUGCGACAACUGCGGCGGCGAGAUGCACCAGCGGCAGAGGAAGAACGCCGACUGCAAGAGGGCCUUCUUCGCCAGCCUCCUCUUCACCACCUCCCUCUUCAUGACGUUGGGAGUGUUAUGUGCCUACGCGGCCAAUCAGAACCUCACCACCCAGCUGAAAGGCGUGAGGAAGCUGGUCAACACAAACAUGAGGGACCUGCAUUUGUUUGCCAACCAAACUCCCGCGCAAAUCGAGUACCUUGUAUCACAGUACUCCACUGCCAAGAGCCAAGUCAUCUCUGACCUAAAUAACAUUGGCCCUUUGCUGGGGGUUAAAAUUCACGAGGAGCUGGGAAAAGAAGUGAGACCUGCCCUCGAUGGGGCGUUAAAUAUGGCUGGAGCCAUGCGGGAGACCAAGGAGGCGCUGGAGAACGUGAGCGUGACCCUGGAGGUCCUGCAGGAGGGCUCCAGCAAGCUGGACUUCAACCUGAGCCUGGUGCGCUCCAGCCUGAACGCCACACUCAACGACCCGGCCUGCGCCGUCGGGUCUGCUGCGCCGGUCUGCGCCAGCAUCCGCGAGUCCCUCAGCCAGCUGGGCGUCGGUGCCAACUUCUCCGGGCUGCCUGAUGUGAGCGAACAGCUGGCUAAAGUCAACGACGUUCUCAAGACUGACCUCAGCAACAUAGUUCAAAAGGGGUAUUCAUCAUUUAAUGACACCCCUGCCAUGGUGGUGGCUCAAACAAAGAAUGUGGUUACAAAUAUCAAAGACAUGUUGGAUGGCGUCGGCAAAAAUAUCACAAACUUCUCCAGGAUGUUUCCCGUGGAAGCCUCCCUCUCCAACUUCACUAAGUACAUCAUUCACACCCAGUCGAAGAUCGAGGACUUUUACCCGCAAAUUGACCAGAUGGACUUCUACAGGUGGAUAUGCUGCAUUGCACUCUGCUGCAUGGUGGUGCUCAUCUUGGCCUUCAACUUCCUCGGCAUGCUGUGCGGUAUUGGCGGCUACGACAAGCACGCCUCCCCCACCACCCGUGGCUGUGUCUCCAACACAGGGGGCAACCUGCUCAUGGCUGGUGUGGGCUUCAGUUUUAUCUUCUCCUGGGUACUAAUGGGCGUGGUCGUCGCCUCCUUUGUCGUCGGGGGCAACCUGGAGAAGUUGGUCUGUGAGCCCUUCGAGACCCAGCAGCUGUUCAAGGUUGUGGACACUCCAUACCUGGUCAAUCCGGCCUGGAGGAAUUUCAUUCCUGGUUUCCUGUACGACAAUUCUGAGAUUGACCUGACGGUGGAGAACCUUUACAGAAACUGCAAGAAAAACAAAGGCAUUUACUCUUCGCUGCAUUUGGACAACAUCUUCAAUGUGACAGCAUUCUUAAACUACAGUGUGUACACGGAGGAUGUGUCCCGGGCGUUCAAUGACAUCAGAGUGGACCUGAGCAGUAUAGUCCUGCUGGAGUCAGAGGGGAGGCACAACCUCAUCAGCUUCACCAAAACGGGCAUUGUGGAGAUAAACUACGCCCUCUACACAGAUGAGCUCAGCAAAGCGGUAACAAAGGUGGACUUGCUGUCAUUCUCCAAUGAACUGGAUGCUCAAACUGACAAACUGCCGCGGGGAGCCUUGGAGAGCGCGCUGAGGGGACACGCCAGCAGCAUCCGGCAGAUCCACAGCCAGCAGGUGGUCCCCAUGGAGCAGUCCAUGAAAUAUGUUAGAGCAAGGAGCACUUUGAACCAGAGCAUCCAGCUGCUACAGAAGACUACCUUCGACCUCCCUAACAAAGUCAAUGAUGUGCUGGACACCAUUGACGCAGCGCAGUUCCUCAUCUCCAAAAAUGCAACGCACGUCAUCAAUCAGGAGACCAACAAGUACAGGCAGAGCAUCGUGGGAUACUUCAAGCAGUACACAGACUGGGUGAAGAAUUCGCUGGAGAUGGAUGUGGCUGCUUGCAAGCCCUUCAGCAACAUCAUGGACACCGCGGAGAUCGUGGCCUGCAGCUUUAUAGUGGACUCAUUGAACACGUUCUGGUUUGGACUGGGCUGCUGCGCGUUUUUUCUCAUCCCGAGUAUAAUACUGUCAGUGAAGCUGGCCAAAUUCUACCGGAGAAUGGACACAGAGGACGUCUACGAUGACAUUGAGACAAUACCCAUGAAAACUAUGGAAAUGGGUAAUAAUGGUUAUCAUAAUGAACAUUUACAAGGUAUCCAAAACCCUGUAAUGACAAGCGUCCCCUCCUAUGACACUAUGACUCGCUUCCCGAGGGCCUCGGCGCCGCCCAGGCACGGAGACUGGUGAGGCAGCCCCGGCUUUUACUGGGUCCAGCAAGUGGUAUUGAAAACUGGAACUGAAGCACCCUUGAAUACUAGGUCCUGUAUCUUGGACAAAAUGAAGUUCCAGAAAGAGUUUCUCACCAGAGAGGAGGAUCUGCUGCUGGGGCAGUAUCUCGGAGCCUGUGUUCACCUGCUCAUCAAUUCCCCUUCCUCUGUCCACUCUCAUACUCCACAUUCUGUGCAUCCUGCCCUUAUAUUCCACUCAGACAAAGGUACUGAUAAGAAUACCAAGUCCUAAAAGUCAAUUAGAUGCUCAAUUGAUAUUCCAUUGAUUAAACGUGUCAAAAUUCGAAGCCAAUCUGAGUCGCACUGUCCCUCACCAUAUGGGCCGAAGUCCGCACUCACGCUUUUAAUCAUCAAUAAUCAUUUCCGACUAAAAUCAUUGUACGUGUAAAGUUCCGAUUAAAGGAGGCGACACAAAGGUGUAAAUUUUGUACACUCGAGAAACUUUGAAAGUUUUAUAUAUUUUUGUUGAUAUUUGUUUUAUAAAACUGUCCGGUUUGUUUGUUUGUUUACUCGUGUGUGCAUUUAUUGCCGGUUGGAAAGCAGCUGUAGCAUUGCCGUAGUCGCUGGUAGUCUCCGGGUGUCGCGGCGGAGGGUGUCGGCGAACAUCGCCUGCGACCCUUUUUGCAGACCGCAAAUGGCAGCGGACGCAGCUACGCGGCGACGGAGCUCUGUGUUCAGGCAGACGCCUAUUCUCGUGCCGUUUCUAUAUGUGAUUGAGAAACACGGGAGGAACGGCCUCUCCUGAGAAAUAAGGCAACAAGUGGAAACUGUCCAUGUGGGGACCAAGCAUGCUGGUAAAUAAUUGACUGUUGCCUUUUGAAUACAUGUAACACUCAGAAUGACUUCAUUUUGGGAUAACUUGAGUAUAUACAGUCGUUGCAUGAUGAACAUAAUAUCUUGACAGAAAUUGUCAGGUAAUUUUCCUUCCAUGAUAUGAUUUUAAAACCCAGCAGUUUGAAUUUAUAGAUGCAUAAAACACUCCUAGUUGUAUAAUAAUGAAUGAUAUCUCAGACCUGAUCUAUGAGAUAUACUAACAGCUACAAAUGAUCGAUCAAUAUAUUUGGUAUUUUAAUAAUGGUGAGAAAGAAAAAAAACACUGUUAAAAGCCAAAACAUUUCCUUCAGUAGCUCUCAGGUCAUUGUCGAUCAACUAGGUGCUCACAAUAACAAUGCAGAAUACGUGGCCACAUCGUUUUUUGGAAAACCACUGUAGUAAUUAGGCAGGUUUGAAACAAUGAAAAGGGCAAGCAUGUCAGUGAACUAACUGUAUCUGAGAGAUGUAUAAAAAACAUUUAGAGGACAUGCUGGGUUGCUUGAUCAUGUUUAACAUUCAGUUGUUCUUAUACAACA